CUUGUAUUAACCAUUUUGUUUGAAAUUUAGUAAAAUUGUUUGUUUGAAAUUAAUUAAUAAUAUUUUUAUUUAAAUAUAUACUAGCUUUUAAGGUAAUAAUAAUACUAAUCUUCUUCUUCUUAAAAACAGUGGAUAAGGUAAGAAAGUCUAAUUUUGUUUUGUUUGUUUUUAAAUUUGAGGUGGUUUUCUUUCAGUUAUUAAACCCUAAACAGAACCGAACAUGAAACAGAAAGAAUCAGCAGCAGCCUCUGGUUUUAGUUUUAUCAUACUUAUCUCUCUCUCUAAAACAGUCUCUUCUCUUCGUCUUUUUCUCCCCUCUUAAAGGGCCUUUCAUGCGCUGUGCUUUGCUUUUUCUGUUUCAAUCUUCCUCACUCUUAUUCUGCCUUUCCUUUCCUCUUCUUCAUUGAUUGAGGUUAAGAUUGAUCAUUCCCUGAAUUUUGAGACUGUCGGUUUCAUCAGCGUGCAAAAUUACCGCUUUUCUUGUUUUCCGACUAUCAUCAGCUGAAAUUUCAUUUUUCAAAUACGGUUGUUUUUGUUAUUUCUAUAUUGACACUAGGGAUAAGAGGUGGACAAUUUGAAAGCUCUAGCAAUAAUAUGGGCUAUCUGAAUUCUGUUUUGCAAUCUUCAAGUCAGGUUCAUGCUGAAGAUGGACCAGUUUGUGGGGGAGGCCUUAGUCAGAAUGGGAAGUUCAGCUAUGGCUAUGCAAGCUCUCCAGGGAAAAGGUCUUCAAUGGAAGAUUUUUAUGAGACAAGGAUUGAUGGGGUUGAUGGAGAGUUAGUUGGUCUUUUUGGAGUCUUCGAUGGUCAUGGAGGUGCCCGGGCUGCUGAAUAUGUGAAGCAAAACCUUUUUAGUAAUUUGAUCAGGCAUCCAAAGUUCAUUUCUGACACCAAAUCUGCAAUAGCUGAUGCAUAUAGUCAUACAGACUCUGAAUUUUUAAAAUCAGAAAAUAACCAGAAUAGGGAUGCUGGAUCUACUGCUUCUACGGCUAUACUCGUUGGUGAUCGAUUGCUAGUUGCAAAUGUUGGGGAUUCCCGUGCUGUUAUCUGCAGAGGAGGCAAUGCUAUUGCUGUGUCCCGCGAUCAUAAGCCAGAUCAAACUGAUGAGCGUCAACGGAUUGAGGAUGCAGGAGGAUUUGUCAUGUGGGCUGGAACUUGGAGAGUAGGAGGCGUCCUUGCUGUUUCUCGUGCAUUUGGUGACCGGCUUUUGAAGCAAUAUGUUGUUGCUGAUCCAGAAAUUCAGGAGGAGAAGAUUGACAGCUCUCUCGAGUUCCUUAUUCUUGCAAGUGAUGGACUGUGGGAUGUUGUUUCAAAUGAGGAGGCUGUUGCAAUGAUAAAACCAAUACAGGAUCCUGAGCAGGCAGCUAAGCGGCUGAUGCAAGAGGCGUGCCAGAGGGGUAGUGCAGAUAAUAUAACUUGUGUUGUCGUGCGAUUCAUGGCCAAUCAAGGGGGUACCUCGCGUAGUGUAUCUGCAUAAGCAGCAUCCUUUCCUUUCCAAGCAUUGUUUUAGGUUUGGAAAUGUGGGGGUGAAAGAAAUAAAACUUAAAUACUAAUAUAGCUAGUCAUAAGGAUAUGGAAAAAAGGAAGAACUGUAUGAGGGCAGGUGUGCAUUAACCAUCUUUUCUUCAGCCUCUGGAUUGAAAUACAACGGUUGAUGUGUAGAUGUGAAUUUGUAAAAGUGUCUCAAAGGCGCAAGUCCUUUUGUGUAUGUUGUACAUGUAGUAACAAGUGUAUUUUUCUCUCUUUUUACACUUUAAUCACAUGAUUUAUUUUAUUUCA